AUGAACAUGGCUCAAUGCAAACAGGCAAGAAGAGCCCGCCUCGCACAGAAAAACACACAGAAGGAGGAGGAGAACAUGACAGCUAGUAAGGAAACAAACAUCCUGUCUCACGCGCUUCCAUUAACCUCUCCCAUCAGCAGGAGAAAACAAACAGAUCCCCCGGAAAAACUCCAGGCCCGACGGCUGAACGGAGCCGGAGGGUUGAUUAGGCGCAGUCUCCGCCAAGUCGCUUCCAACAAGCGGGGAUCUCGACAGACGAGCGUGAAAUUGAUCAAGCUGUGCGCCAUCUACCAAAUGAAAGAGUUUGGGUGCAGGCUAAAACGGAAGAAAACAAGUGUAGCGAGCGGGAGGAUAGAGGAGAGGAGCAAGUGA